AUGGGUUACUUGAAGAAGAAGUUUUUUGUGAGGCAACCACCUGGAUUUGUCAAGAAAGGGUGUGAGUAUAAAGUAUACAAGUUAAAGAAAGCCUUGUACGGGCUGAAGCAAGCGCCUAUGAUUGAAGAUUUUAAGAAGUCGAUGAUGCAUGAAUUUGAGAUGACAGAUCUUGACUUGAUGUCUUAUUUUCUUAGUACUGAAGUGAUUCAAGGGGAUGAUGGGGUUUUCAUAUGUCAAAAGAGAAUUCCUGCGGAGGUUGGUACUAACUUAUCUCGAGAAGUUGAUGGUGCACAAGUUGAUCCUGCUUAUUUUAAGCAACUUGUUGAGAGUUUAAGAUAUCUCCCAUGUACAAGGCUAGAUGUAGCCUAUGGAGUUGGUCUAAUCAGUAGAUAUUUGGAGGCCCCUCGCCAAUCCCAUCUACAAGUUGCAAAGAGAAUUAUGCGGUGCCUAAAGGAGACUUAUGAUCAUGGUUUAUUUUAUUAUUCAUCUAACAAUUGUGAUGUUGUAGGCUAUUCUGAUAGUGAUUGGAGUGGAGAUCAUGAUGAUUGCAAAAGUACUUCUGGCUAUAUUUUCAAUUUUGUCUCCACUGCAUUUUCAUGA